AAGUACCGCAGCUGCGCCAUCAUCUGUUCAGCACGGUGAGAGAGAGAGCGUGCUAGCGAGUGACUGAGAGCGUAAUUGUGGACAUUUCCGUUACAUAUAUUAAACACACACACGCGCGCGCGAGGAAAGGAAAAGGAUUUUAUUUUGCCUUCCUUUUCUAGCAGAUGUGUCUGUGAGAAGAUAUGUAAAUACGCCCGGCUUUCCCAGUGCAGAGACUUGAAGCUUUGCUCUCUGAGAUUUUCAGCUGUUUGUAUUGCAUACUUAAAGGAGAAGCUUUGCUACACAACACAAGGGCUUCUGCUUGAGUCGUGUACAAAGCAAUGUGGAGCAAAUAAGAUCCUGAUACAUUGAAACUUGAAGAUUUGGAUAAUGGGCUGUGUGCAAUGCAAGGAUAAAGAAGCAGCAAAACUUAAUGAUGACAGAGACACCAGUAUAACUCAGAGUACUGGUUACCGCUAUGGGGCUGACCUCACUCCACAGCAUUACCCGAAUUUUGGUGUUACUGCAAUUCCAAAUUUUAAUAAUUUCCACACACCUGGAGGUCAGGGCAUGGCUGUAUUUGGUGGGGUGAAUUCAUCAUCUCACACUGGAACUUUGCGGUCACGUGGUGGUACAGGGGUAACUCUGUUUGUAGCACUUUAUGACUAUGAUGCCAGAACAGAAGAUGACCUUAGCUUUAGGAAAGGGGAGAAAUUUCAAAUACUAAAUAGCACUGAAGGUGACUGGUGGGAGGCUCGAUCUCUGAACACAGGUGGAACCGGAUAUAUUCCCAGCAAUUAUGUUGCUCCAGUGGACUCUAUCCAGGCUGAAGAGUGGUAUUUCGGCAAACUAGGAAGAAAGGAUGCAGAAAGACAGUUACUGUCUAAUGGGAACCUCAGAGGUACCUUUCUCAUCCGAGAAAGUGAAACCACCAAAGGUGCAUUUUCCCUAUCAAUACGUGACUGGGAUGACAUCAAAGGUGAUCAUGUUAAACAUUAUAAAAUCCGAAAGUUAGAUAGUGGUGGGUAUUACAUAACAACCCGUGCCCAAUUUGAUACACUCCAACAACUCGUUCAGCAUUAUUCAGAGCGAGCUGCUGGUCUGUGUUGUCGCUUAGUGGUCCCCUGCCAUAAAGGAAUGCCAAGGUUGGCUGACCUGUCUGUCAAAACCAAAGACGUAUGGGAGAUUCCACGGGAGUCCCUGCAGUUGAUCAAGAGGCUUGGCAAUGGGCAGUUUGGGGAAGUUUGGAUGGGUACAUGGAAUGGUACUACAAAGGUGGCAGUAAAAACUCUGAAGCCAGGCACGAUGUCCCCAGAAUCAUUCCUCGAAGAAGCUCAGAUUAUGAAGAAGCUGCGGCACGACAAACUGGUGCAACUCUAUGCCGUUGUGUCCGAAGAGCCUAUAUACAUCGUUACAGAAUACAUGAGCAAAGGAAGCUUACUUGAUUUUCUGAAAGAUGGGGAAGGAAGGGCGCUGAAAUUGCCAAAUCUUGUAGACAUGGCAGCACAAGUGGCUGCUGGUAUGGCAUAUAUAGAAAGGAUGAAUUACAUUCACCGAGAUCUGCGGUCUGCUAACAUUCUUGUGGGUGACAAUUUGGUUUGCAAGAUUGCUGAUUUUGGACUGGCAAGACUGAUUGAGGACAAUGAGUAUACCGCCAGGCAAGGUGCAAAGUUUCCUAUUAAGUGGACAGCCCCCGAAGCAGCAUUAUAUGGAAGGUUCACAAUCAAGUCAGAUGUAUGGUCUUUUGGAAUUCUUCUUACAGAACUUGUGACAAAAGGAAGAGUACCUUACCCAGGAAUGAAUAACCGUGAGGUGCUGGAACAGGUUGAGCGGGGCUACCGGAUGCCUUGCCCUCAGGACUGUCCUAGUUCUCUUCAUGAGCUCAUGGUUCAGUGCUGGAAAAAGGACCCUGAGGAGCGACCAACCUUUGAAUAUCUGCAGGCCUUCCUGGAAGACUACUUUACUGCUACAGAGCCCCAGUACCAGCCAGGAGAUAACCUAUGAUAGCCGCCUGUUGUGCUCGAAGACUGCAGGUUUGAGAUAAAUCUCUCUUAGCUUCCAGUGCCAUGACUGAUUGCCUUAAAAGGGCAAGCACUUGACUUCAGAAUCAUCCGAAAAUGUGUACAGCUUCCAGGUGUUUCCAAACCAUCACCAUUACCCUAAAAGGCCUGAAAAAUUCUACUUGAAUGAGAAUUGGAGAACAGUAUGAGCAAGCGGUGUUUUAGGAUUUCACUUUAGCAGGGUUGGGGAUGUACUGUAAUGAAUCAAUAAAUGCCUGUAUUCAGUGUAAAUAUUAAUUGCUUGUUUAAUUAUACCAUGUUUUACAUCUCUUAAUUUUUUUUUUAAUUAAAUUUAUAAAAAGCUGGUAACGUUACUUUUCAGGUCUCAGCUCUUGAAAUUAAAAAAAAAAACAAAAAAACAAAGUAAUUGUUUAUUGUUAGCAGUUUUCUUAUUUUAUUCAUUGUUAAAAAGUUGCAGUAGUUUUUGCAACUCCCUACAUUUUUGUUCCAAUUUAAAGUCUUAUAAACGAUAAAGAAAAAAAAUCUGCUGACCAGAGAAGCAUAUCACUAAAAUAACAAAUUAGAAUGUGAGGGCUUCAAAGUUCUCUAUGGUGCAAAUAUAUGUAUAAAGAAUAUCUACAAAAGAAACAACAUCGGUGUACAUAUGUCAGCACAUAGUUCAUCAUAUGCCCGUUAAUAAAAUAUCUACAAAUUCAGUAGUAAAUUUUACUUUUUAUGUUUUAUGUUUUUUUUCUUUUGCCAAGGUUCAGAGGCUGACGAGAGGCCGUGUUUUUAUUACGGCUAGCCAAGAUAAAAUAUGAAAACCAACACAGACAGUUAUGAACCGCCAUCAGGUGAACGGUGUUAGUGAAAGUCAGAGACCUCGUAAAAACUGCACUGUAGAGGGAAUGCCCUGAACUGUGACAAUUAUUAUAGCAGCUCAUUUCAAGCAUGAAAUUGUCAUUAUUUCUGUUGCACUGUCAUUUUUUUAUGUGUAAUUUUUCAUUUUUAGUUGUACAUCUAAUGUUAUGUUAUUUUAAACAUAAUAUGUACACACACAAACACACACACACACUUAUUCUUUUUUUUGCAUUUACAGCCAAACCUGUGUGAAUGCUGAUUUUAGAAAUUAACAGGCACUCUGGAUGACACUUCACCGAUCAUCUUAACUGGAAUGUCUGAAGAUUAUUACUCAUUGAAGAAAAACACAAUUUGGUUUACUAAAAAACUUUCAUAAUAUAUAGUGAUCAUAUUACGACUCGUAUGCAGAAUAACAAUUGAGUUAUUUCAUUUGUCAUAGCCAGGUGUUGCCAGGCCCAUAGCUACAUUGUCUAAACAGCAAUGUUCCCGGCAGUCAUCUUGUGAUAGCCAUUCCUCUUUUCCAUGUGCUCAGCAGUCAUGAGGCCCCCAGGUUCCUGUGAGCUGCUUCUGUAACCACAAUGCCCUCUGAAAACCCCGCUUUCGUUCCCUUUGAUAUGCAGCUGACUGUGUGUGUCAGCCUUCAAUUCUGUUGCUUUUGUAAACUGAAGGUUACAGAUCACUGGCAUUGAGCUGUUCUGUUUUGUUGUAACUAUACAGUACCAUAGGACAAUGCUUGUAACAUACUUUUCAUUUUUAUGUUGAGGGAUGAGGGAAAUGGGCGGUUAAUUUUCUUUUGCUUUUGUAAAAACCACUUUUAUUAAUUAAGUUACUGACAUUAAUGAAAGGAAAGGAAAUAAACAUUUUGCACAGUU